GCCGUUUCUUCCUACGCCAACUUGACACGUGUCCGUACCUAUAGUCACCUGGACCAGAAAGAGCGGAUUUUCAUCAUUGGCGAUGUUCAUGGCUGCGCCGACGAAUUGAAGCAGCUUGUAAACCGCAUUAAUUACAAUCCGGAUAAAGAUCAGAUUAUUCUUGCAGGCGACCUCGUCUAUCGGGGACCCGAUAAUGUGGGUGUCAUCCGGUAUGCUAAAGAAAUUAACGCACUGUGUGUCCGCGGUAACCACGACGAUAUUACGGUUCGAUUCAAGACAUACGAGCUGCAACAUGGUCUGGAAGCGAUGCAAGACGAGAAAGAAAUCAUGCCUGAAGGCGAUGUGGAAGAUCCGCUCAAAUUUGGGGACGACCAUAUGGAUAUUGUAAAAAACAUGACUCAGGAAGAUUAUGAUUAUCUGGUCAAUUGUCCACUGGUCAUCGAUCUACCAACGCUCAACAACUCGCGCAUUGUCCACGGAGGUCUUGAUCCAGCCAUCGAAAAGGCAGUGAAUAACGACCCUUACUCGGUAUUGAACAUGCGUAAUCUGGACGACGGUGAGCCAGAACGGACAAAGAGUGAUGGAAAACAUUGGACAAAGUACUGGUCAGAAGCUCAACACGACAACAAUACCGAUCAUGCAAUCAAUGUGUACUACGGCCAUGAUGCUGGGCGGGGCUUGGACCUCGAGUCAGAGACGUUUGGAACGGAUAGUGGCUGUGUAUACGGUGGACAGCUAACUGCCUUGGAAAUGAAAUCGCAUGCGUUGUCGCAGGUAGAUUGU